UCAUCCUUUUCCAUCUCCAAAGAUAACGAGAUAAACCUCUAAAACAUUUAUGCUACAAAACAAAACCACCAUUUGCACAGUUACUUCAUUGCAUCCUCAUCACACUCUAUGGCUUCUCUACUCUCACUACCCAAUUUCCUUUCCCUAACAACCCAACCACCAAAAUCAAGUUACCGGACUUACACCACAAAAUUUAACAACUUCAAACCCAAAACGACACUGUUGUUGCAACCUUCUUCUCUCGCAGUCGGAAUUUCAACGACACGCCGUUUUAGGAGACACUUUGCGGUUGCUGAACAAGCCACGGUGACUUCUCCUAAAGAGGCUGAUAGAAAGCUCUACAUUGGUAACAUUCCUCGUACUGUUACUAAUGAUGAACUUGCACAGAUUGUUCAAGAACAUGGUUCUGUUGAGAAAGCCGAGGUUAUGUAUGAUAAGUACUCUAAAAGGAGCCGUCGCUUUGCAUUUGUUACAAUGAAAACCAUUGAGGAUGCAAAUGCAGUAGUUGAGAAACUCAAUGGCACUCAAAUCGGAGGGCGUGAGAUUAAAGUGAAUAUAACUGAAAAACCUUUAACAACAGUAGAUUUGUCACUCCAAGCUGAGGAAUCCACAUUUGUUGACAGUCCCUACAAGGUAUAUGUGGGAAAUCUGGCUAAAACAGUAACAUCUGAUAGCCUUAAAAAUUUAUUCUCUGAGAAAGGAAAAGCUCUUGGUGCUAAGGUUUCACGGGUUCCUGGGACCUCAAAAUCCAGCGGUUUUGGUUUUGUUACAUUUUCAUCAGAUGAGGAUGUAGAAGCUGCUAUCUCAUCUUUCAACAAUGCUCUGUUAGAAGGGCAAAAAAUCCGUGUGAAUAAGGCGUAGAGAUAUAGCAAUAUUGCAGAGCAUGUGUGAACUAAGUAUACUUUUGUGAAGCCAAAACAAGCAAAUUGAUUUGUCCCUUUUACAUAAUAAACCUAAUCAUUUUCAGCUGAUAGAGUUCCAAGGAGAUUCAUGAGAUUAGCUUGGUGCUUGAUGCAGCACCUCAGGUCUCUCUUCUGUAGUCCAGAAUGAUUUUUAGACCUCACUACUUUCUUCAUGAUAAUAUUGCAUAUUUUUUACCAGAAUCAUUGUGUCUAGUGUUGAUAAGGUAUGCAUGUAUUUGAUUCCAUUUUUUUGGGUAUGAAUUUGUAACCCAUGUGAACAUUCACUUAUGCACUUUCAAAUGUUGGAGUUUUUAUUUUAUGCAAUAGUUUGUCAUUGCAUUUGUGUAUGAUUCAUCAAUUUUAACCAAGUAUUCCCCUUAUUUA